CAAAUAAUUUUAUCAGACCUCCUCUCACGUGACAUAAACAGGUAUAUCAAACAUCAGUGUAUCAAAUUUAAAUAAUAAUCAAUAAAUGUUUGAAAAAUAUUUAUAAUACACAAAUUGUUUCGAAUAUAACGUAGCAUAUAUAUAUAAGCUGAUAUGUAUAAAUAAGAUAAAAGUAAACAUUCAUCAAUAAUGACUAUAUGUCAAUAAAAAACAGAAGUUUGUUAUAUAUAAGCUUUUGUUGAUUUGUCUUGCUACUUUUUAAAUACUAAAAGUUUAAUAUUUAAAUUAAUCCUUAUGUGCUACAACAAUGUUACAAUCUAGAACCCCUGACCUGUCAUAAACAACGAAGAUGGCUUAAGGUAGACUCGUUAUCUGUUAAUUCUUUUAACGUUGACAUGAUGUGUGUUAUUAUCCACAAGGUUUUUCGUUUCGUUUAAUGAAGAAUUAAAUUUGUUUGCAAUUAUGGCUCAAGCGAAACUUCACUCACAGGAAGAAACAAGUAGCACACUUAACGAUAAAGAGAAGGAGGCUGACGAAAAAGAAGGUUCAACAACAGUCCUAGAAUGUGCAGUCUGCCUUCAACCAUGUAUAUAUCCUGCAAGAUUACCUUGCAAUCAUAUAUAUUGUUACCUCUGUGUCAAAGGUGUUGCGAAUCAAAGCAAAAGAUGUCCCAUGUGUCGUCAAGAAAUUCCUCCUGAUUUUCUUAAUAGACCACAGCUGGUAGAAGUAGAUGAAGCACAAAAGGAAUCAGAACAUUUUGAAGAAGAAUACCAAUGGUUUUACGAAGGUAGAAAUGGUUGGUGGCAAUAUGAUCAACGUACAAGUCAUGAAUUAGAAACUGCAUAUAAACAAGGCAAACGGAAUUGUGAAUUAUUGAUCGCAGGAUUUCUUUAUAUUGCUGAUUUUGGUUCAAUGCUUCAAUUACGUAGAAAUGAUCCUUCUAGGCGAAGAAAAAUUAAACGUGAUUUAUAUAAUGUACCAAAAAAAGGAGUAGCAGGUUUAAGAUUAAUUAAUCAAGAUGAAGAAAUCACUAGAGAAGUAAGGGGAGCAGAAAGACCAGCUAGUCCUGCAAGUGAUGAUAUGGGCACCGGAGAUGGUACAAAUACUCCAGUACCUCCAAGUAAUACACCACAAACCCCAGCUGGUGGAACAGCAAGUGGUGAUGCUACACCUCUAAAUGACAGAAUGGAACAAAGAGACUCUUUACAUCAGGUAUUAGAACAAAUGCGUUCCUUAGUUCUGAGAGAACAUUUAUCUUCAGAUACAGAUGAUGAAUUAGAGGAAGAUGAAGGAAGUGAAUCACCUUCCACUCAUCCUACAUUAUAAUGACUACAAACAUCUAAUAUUUCCUAUUCAUCAAAUGAAGAUCAUUUUUAAAAAGUUUAAUUUAUUGAAAUAAAUGUGCAUCCUAUUAAAUGAAAAAUAUAGUAUAAUAAACUCAUGUACAUGUUCAAAGAUGCAGAACAUUUAUAUAUGUGAUGUACUGACAUGCAAUCUGUACAUUGCUCUGUGAUGCUUAUUAAAAACAAAACAAUUAAGUACAAUUAAGUCUUUCACAACUAAAUAUUCAGUGGAUGAUCAUUUUAAAUAUUCUUUUGCAUAUUACGAAUGUUCAGGCUUUAUAAAUGUAUAUAUUAGUAAUUUUACACUUUUUAUCAUCUCCUUAAAAAAUGUUCUCCAGGAAAGAAAUAUCAUUCCAUGUUCCUGUACUUUAAUAUUGAUUCUACUUAAUUCAUGUUUAUGUAAUUUUCAUAAUUAUUGUAAAUUAUGUUAUGUCGUAACUUUAGGUUAUUGAAAAUAAUUAAGAAUAUUUAAAAUUUUUUUGUAUCCUAAAAAAUAACAAUAAUCUGUUUUUGCACAUAAAAUGUUAAUAUAUUCUGAAAUUUAGCAAUAUUUUCUUAUUUAUACGUUCGAUAUAAUUAGCGCACUGCCAUCUUUUUUGCAUUUGUUAUCAGCAUUUCUUAUAUUAAUCUUUUAAAUUGAUGCACAUCGAAAAGUAACAUAAUUUUCAUUCAACUUGUUAAUAUUAUCGUUAAAAAUAAAGUGGACAUUUGUUAAAAAAUCAUAGCGUUUCUCGUGCAUUGUAUAUAAUUUUACUAUAAUGGUGAUAAUACCAUCGAUUCUAGUAAUAUAAAAAUAUUUUUUACCGAAUAGUUUUUACACCUCCAGUAUUUAAAAAUUUAGAUGUAAAAAGAAAUUAUAAAUACUAAAAUAAUUAUGCAAACUUUUAUUUGAAU